AUGUAUGGGGUCAAAGCUCAGAUCCGAAGGAUUACUGAGGCUGGAGAAAUUCCUUACACUUAUCUGGUAUCCAAUGGCUUUGCUGGCUACUUUCCUCCUACCAUGGGACAAUUACAUUUGAAUACAACCUCUCCUCCUAGAGAUAAAGUAGUCAUUCUUGGAGAUGAAAAUCCCAAAGCAAUUUUUGUCAGGGAAGAAGAUAUAGGCACAUACACCAUCAAAGCUGUAGAAGACCCACGAACCCUAAACAAGAUCCUUUACAUGAGACCCCCUGCCAACAUACUGUUUUAUAAUGAGUUGGUUUCCUUGUGGGAGAACAAGAUUGGCAAUACCCUUGAGAAGACAUAUGUCCUGGAGGAUCAACUUCUCAAGAACGUCCAAGAGGCUCCACCCUUCUUAAGCCUCCUUUUGACAAUCUUCCAUUCUAUUUUCGUAAAAGGAAAUGCUACAAAAUUCGAGAUUGAAGCUUCUUUUGGUGUAGAGGCUACUGAGCUCUAUCCAGAUGUGAAAUACGCCACUGUGGAUGAAUACCUCAAUCAGUUCAUCUGA